AUUCAAGCAAUGCGCGCGCAUUGCAAAUCGGUUUGGGUCGUGUCUGAGAAUCAUGCGCAGUGUUUUUACCGACGCUAAAGGUAGUGCUCGUCGCGUCGUUAUUCGCGUUAUUAUAAGAGAUCACUAUGCCAACUCCGGACUACAGCGUGGAGCUGGACCUGGGUGAGCCCCCUCCAGAGCUCCAGGAGUAUGCGAGAAGGGAAUGUGGAGAGGACCCUAAUACCAGAUUACAAGCAAUUCAUGAACUAAGAGAAAUGAUAUACGAACGCGGGGAGUGCACGCCACAACGGAUGGAUGACGCAUUCUUGAUAAGAUUCCUGCGAGCUCGCAAUUUUAUACCGCGAAGAGCACACAGGCUGAUGGUCAAUUAUUACCGUUUCAAGGAUGAAUACCCGGAAUUGGUUGAGAAUGUUUAUCCACUUGACUUCAGAAACAUUGGCGAUGCGAAUAUUUUGUCCGUCCCGCCUUACCGAGACCAAGAUGGCAGACGGCUUAUGUUGUAUAGAAUUGGUUGUUGGAAUACAAAAACAAUAGCAGUAGAUGAUCUAUUAAAGGCAACAAUAUUUGCAUUGGAGAUUGGUGUUAUGGAGAUUCGUACUCAGAUUUUGGGAGGAGUGGCCAUGUUUGACCUGGAAGAUAUUGGUAUACAGCACGCGUGGCAAGUCACACCCUCGGUUGCAUCUAAAAUCGUCAAGCUGUUAGUGUCCAGCUUCCCCGCUAACACACACGCGAUCCACAUUAUAAAUCAUUCCUGGGUCUUCGACAAAAUGUACAACAUAUUCAAGCCGUUUUUGACAAGAGAUAUGCGAUCUAGAAUCUUCUUUCACGGAUAUGACGUCAAAUCUCUUCACAAGCACAUCCGCCCAGAGUACCUACCGGAGAGGUAUGGUGGUGUCUGGCCAGACUUUAGCUAUACGGGUUGGCUGGAGUCUCUACGAAAUAACUACACCGUCGCCAAAGAAGUUAUAAGUUGUGGCUAUAAGUUUCGUGAAGAAGAGAUUGGUUCGGAUGUUGUAAGACGACUUCGUGAGGAGAAAAUCAAGUUAUAUUAGUAUAAACAAUGAGUAGUGUUGGCCUACUGGCUUCAGCGUGCCACUCUCACUGAGAUCGUAGGUUCGAUCCCCGGCUCUGUACCAAUGGACUUUCUUUCUAUGUGCGCAUUCAACGGUGGGGGGAAACUGUGAGUACACCGGCCUCGCCUUACUCAAGAAGUCGAUGGCAUGUGUGAGGAGCCUUAUCACCUAUUUGCCUAUUAGAUUAACAAAUGAUGAUGAAAAAGAUACGGAAAUCUGGGGCCUAGACCUAAAAAGGUCUAAGAUAGCGCCAUUGAUUUAUUUUAUUAGUGCAAAAAGUGUUUUAAGUGUCCUGUAUUAUUAGUAGUAGUAUUGGUUAGUAAUGUUUGAGUAAAUUUAGAUAAGCGCAGAAAUAAUUAAAAGAGAAAAGUUAGGGUAAGUCCUGUCCACUCUCUUUCUUUUCUCUUCUCACCCCUUGGCGAGAAGAGAAAGGUCAAGUCUAACUUGGCAUUCCGACGAUCACACUAUCUCUUUUUUGCUAAGCUCUCUGGAAGAUACUAAAAACAUAUGUAUCAGUUUUAAAAAAUUUAACUGCAUAUACGACCCCGAUGCAAAAUAGUUCGUCCAGUAUGGAAAGUGGUGCAAAGCGUAAAAUAAAGAAAGUAAAUAUUGGUAAAAUAAUUAACAGCGUUUAAUAAAAAGUAUUAUUUAAGUAUAUUAUUUUAACAUACCUGAAAUUUUUUCAUGACUUAACGCCACUGAUAACAAUGAUGAUCACGAGUAAACUUCAACCUCUUAUUUGAGAAGUCUUUGUGAAUCAUGUGCUUCCAUUGCAUUGUGAGUUUUCCAGCUCGACCACGACGAUUAUUUUUGAUAAUUUUCUUCAGGAUUCCGUUUUCUACUGCACUUGUGAUGCAAGGUCGACUAGUUCUAACAAGAAGUCGUUCUAUUAAUUUUAUAGUGUUGAAUGAUAUAUUGGACUGUAGACCUGGGAAGUCUAAAGUCUUUAGAUUUUUGGUAACUUGAUUUGCCAGCAUCGACCCCUCAAACUAUUCGCUUUCGAAGCUCUUCACACACGGGUUUGCCACGACCCAUUGUUAUUUUGAAACUAACGAAUUUUUACAUCGAUUAACAAAUAGACGAACUAUUUUGCUAUAUAAAUUUAAAAACCUAAAGUAGUUUAUUGAGAGUUAUAGAACAUCUUAAUACUUUAUAUAGAUAUACAAAAAUAAUGAAGUUUCGCACUAGACGAACUAUCUUGCAACGAGGCUCGUAGAUUGAUGCUCGUAGAUGGACCAUCUUUGAGAAUACACAAAAAAUAAGUUCCCUUUUUAAGUGUUAACUUAUUACGUAGAUAUAUAUACUGGUUAUCUAUGAUAUGCUCUGUUUAACGCAAUUAUAUACAUUUCAAUAAAAAAUAUAUUUAUUUAAAAUAUACAAUAUUUUAUGUUAUCACUGUUUGUAAAUUCCAAUAAAUAAUAGUAAUAUAAAUAAGUACGUAUAAUAAAAAUUAUUUUGGUAUUUUGGUUACCAAGUUUGGUGAUGAUUUCUUUCAUAAAUUAUUUUAAUGGUACCUAAUUUUUUUCGGAGUCCUGGUAGCGUUCAUAGAUGAAAGUGUGUGCCGCGUAAACGUAGCGUUGUCCUUAAAUAUUAUUUUAAUUAUAUCUGAGCUUUGAAGGCCAUAAGUUUGAACUAUAACUAUUAUUGACCAUGCUCAUACUUAUAAAUCGAUUGUAUGUAAGACAAUUUUAUUUUAUAAUAAUUAAAAUUAGCAGUCCAAAAAUCUGGGAAAAUUAAAAUAAAAUAUUUCUAUUGACAUACCCAUACAUUGGUAUAACUGGAUUAAGUUAACAAAAGGUUAGGUCUUGGUUAAGUUUGUGUUUUAGUUUAUGAUUUUUUUAGUUAAAGCGUCUAUUACGGAAAACAUUAUUAUAUAUGCAAAUUUUGUACCGUAAUAAGUAGUAAGCAUAAUAUAUAACUAGUUAUAAUAGAAAUAGAAAUAAGUUAAAGCUAUAUUCGUCAAAGGCCUGUGAUAAAAAUAUAUUAUUUCAAAUUGGUAGAUUAAAUAUCAUAAUACCAAUUUGAAUAGCUAUAAGAAAAAUACCAUACUUUAUUCGUAGAGAGUAUGAAUCAAUCAUUUCACUUACGUAGAGCCACAAGAGAUGGCGCUGUUAUUAAAUAAUAUUUUUAAAUAGAAAAUAAAUUGUAUUAAGUUUUGUUGUUUUAGUUUUAAAUAGACACAUUCGUAUAUAAUAAUAGUAGUAAUAAACGAAUAAAUAUCAGCGAGUAGACUCAUAGAGAAUUCCGGAAUAUGAUCAGUUGUCUUGAGUUGGAGGCUUUCGUGCAUUAGGCAGAUUAAAUAUAAUUACCGGUGCGAUAGCUCAACUAUUAGGUUAACGCCAUUUUAGUGUUAGCCUAGAGUUCCCUUUUGGAUGUUUAUUAGUUUUGUUGGGAUUAUUUAUUGUGUUGCUUUCUGGGUUCGUGCUUUGUUUUCUUUAUAUACCUAAAAUGUAUAGGAAUUGAUGUUUUGAAUUACGGAGUUUUCAAAUAAUAAAUAAACUUAUGGAUAAAAUAA